CUGGGAGGAAAGGUGGCAUGAUGAGCUACCAUGCAGUCCAUCAUGCACAUGAGAUCUUGGCCAUUCCAAAUGUCAGAAUCUCUGGGCUUGUUCGGCUGCGCUGGGCCCACUGCCCAGGCUGGCUAGCCUGAGUCCUGACAGGAAGCUCGCUACAGUAUAAAGUGUCUGAUAAGGCCUCCUUUCGCAUCUUCAAACAACACCCUCAGUAACAUGUCUGACGACGGAUCAGUCGACACCAACGCAACUUGUGGUACGACAACCACCAAAGAGGUUGUCUGCACCCCCAACGCCAUCCCACCCCUCAGUGUCUUCUCCCAGGCCGUGAAAUCCAAAGGUCACGUCUACGUCUCAGGUUGCAUCGGAUGUGAUUCCGAGUAUCUGGUUGUCGAGGGGGGCAUCCAAGCACAGACCCGCGCAGCCCUCGAGAACAUCUCCAAGAUCCUCGAGGCAUCAGGGUCUGGCAUGCAGCACGUCGUCAAAGUCACCGUAUACCUCGUCCACAUGGCCAGAGAUUUCCUACACAUGAACGAGAUAUACGAACAAUUCUUCACACGUGAGACGAUGCCUGCGCGUACGUGUAUCGGUGUAUCUGCUCUCCCGAUGGGGGCAUUCAUCGAGAUCGAUUGUAUCGCCGAGGUCCUUGACACCAAGUCAUCUUGAUCGCUUUCAUCAUUAUCGUCAUUUUCCUCGUUCGGGCGUGGGUGUCGGCACCUCUGUUUGCGCGAUCGAGACCGCCCCCGCAUAGUGUCCUGAGCUCUAUGGAAUCUUAUUGCAUCAGUUGUGUACAAUUCCGGCACACACAUGUACAACGUGAUAUGGAUGUCUAUUGUCCAGGAUAUCUUGUCAUGAUUUGGAAUUCGAGACCGG